ACCUGUUCGAAAAGCGGCUAUUUAUUUCCAAUUGAUACUAAUUCUCAGCUCACAUUACACCUGAUCCUAGGGGACUUCCUGGCGGUGUGGCGGACGGCCUACCCCCGCCCCGCUCCAGGAUCCCGAGGCCCGGCGUGACUCCAUCCUCUGUCUCGAUGGCGGCGAUUCGGUUGCCGCGUGUUGCCUUCCUUUGGGGCGUUGCUGCCGUCUACCUUUGCGCCUUCGCCUCGCUUUAUGUCCAGAUCCCAGGCCUCUAUGGAAGGGAAGGAAUUCUGCCAGCUCGCAAGAUGCUGAGGUUCACCGGAAAGACACUGCUGGAUCAAUUAAAGGACUCCCCGACUUUACUGUGGUUGUGCCCCUCUCUUGGACUGGACACCGAGCAGGGCUUGGAGCUAAUCUGCCUGCUGGGCAUCAUCCUGUCAUUCACUGCACUAUUGUUUGAACCUCUCCGUGACUGUUUUGUCUUUGCCUGCCUCUGGUUCCUGUACCUGUCUGUAUACCAGGUUGGACAAGUUUUCCUGUAUUUCCAGUGGGACAGUUUGCUGCUGGAGACGGGAUUCCUAGCAAUUCUCGUUGCUCCACUAUAUCUGCGGAAAUGGCGGACUGCCCCCUCAAAGCAUUAUGACAACAUCACCUUCUGGCUAGUACGCUGGCUUUUCUUCAGACUCAUGUUUGCAUCAGGUGUGGUGAAACUGACCAGUCGAUGCCCAACCUGGUGGGGGCUGACAGCUCUAACAUAUCACUACGAGACCCAGUGUAUCCCGACUGCUGUUGCCUGGUUUGCACAUCAGCUGCCAUUUUGGUUUCAGAAAUUCAGCGUGGUUAUCACUUAUGUUCUAGAGAUACCAGUCCCUCUGCUCUUCUUUGCUCCAACUCGUCGUCUAAGGCUCUUUGCAUUCUAUGGUCAGGUUCUGCUCCAGGUGUUAAUUAUUAUCACUGGUAACUACAACUUCUUCAACCUGCUUACAAUUAUUCUGGGAUUCUCACUACUAGAUGAUCAGCAUAUUUCUGGCUGGUUUGGAUACAGCAAGGCACGAAACACUGAGAGACUAGGGUUUUUGCAAAGACUACAAGCUGUGGCUGUUGCUGUCAUUGAGCUGGCAGUUUUGGGAGCACUUGCUUAUGGAACUAUUCACUACUGUGGGCUGAGUGUGGACUGGGAGAAGUGGUCAAUUGAAUCAAAAAUAGGCCUUACUUACCAUGAAUUUACACAUUGGUUGAAGAUUGUGACUCCAAUAACCAUCUGGAUUGGGGUAAUUUCCCUCACCUGGGAGAUACUCACCUCAUUGCUCAACUCCCUGGUGACAAGAGGGUUUUUUGCUAAGCUGUGGGCUACCUCUUCAUGGGUCGUGUUUGCCUCUGCUGCUGCUGCUAUGUUUUCUGUCAGUCUGGUACCAUACUCCUUUAUUGAUUAUGAAACAAGUUCCAGCCUUCGGCCCGAGAUCCUGCGGCUAUACAAAGUGGUCGACCGUUAUGAGUUGGUCAACUCUUAUGGACUGUUCCGGAGAAUGACAGGAGUGGGAGGCCGUCCAGAAGUUGUAGUGGAAGGAAGCUAUGAUGGCCAACAAUGGACGGAGAUUGAUUUCAUGUACAAGCCGGGGAACGUCAGCUUGCCCGCACCUCUGGUGACCCCACAUCAGCCCAGGCUUGACUGGCAAAUGUGGUUUGCUGCUCUCGGACACCACAGGCAGAGUCCCUGGUUCACCAGCUUUGUCCAUAGGCUACUCCAGGGAAAAGCUGAUGUAAUACGCCUAGUGCAAGUGGAUAAGUCCAACUAUGCCUUCAGCACCAAACCUCCUACUUACAUCAGAGCCCAACUCUACAAGUACUGGUAUACCAAGUAUGGCACUGACAGCUCACUUAAAGAUUGGUGGACUCGGCAACAUGUGGAAGAAUUUUUCCCCUCGGUCACUUUAGGAGACCCCAACUUGGAAUCACUCCUACAUGAAUAUGGCUUCAAGGACAAAGCAUUUCCAAAGCGGAUAGUGAAGGAUCUUUUGCCAUCUAUCCUGCAAAUGACUCGUAAGCAAGUGGAGCCCUACUCUGGGGAAUGUGUCAUCAGGGGUCUGUUCAUUGCCGUUAUCCUCAUCUCCUGGCUUAAAGCCUUGAUGAACCGCAAGGCCAAGGGGAGCCGAUUGAAGCCAACAGUGGGGAAAGCAGGUGCUGGUGUUGAUGAGAAGACAGAUUAUGGCAGGAGGAAGAAGGAGUUCCGGCAGACUGAGGGCAAAAUGCAGCAUCCCACUGAUGAAUAUUUACCAGCGAAUGUUCGCAAAAGAAAAUAAUUUUCACAAUCUUUACUGAUUUAUAUUUUUCUAUAUGUAUCUCUUCCACUCAUUUCUCCAGUUCUGCAGGAAAGAUCAUCUUGCCAGACUGCAUCUCACACUUGCUGUGAGGUAGAUAUCACAUCUUGCCUAUGGAACGAUUUAUCUGGGGCUACCCCUAGGAGGCAGAAGCAGAUUACUUUUUUUUAAAAGUCUUCUAUACUCAUCAGGGAAUGGUUCUCCCCUAAGCUAUGUUUUCCUUCACUGAAAUUAUUCUCGCAAAUUUUUCUACAUCUUGCCUUUAAUGACCUGGCUUGGAGAUUGGAAAUGGCAAAUGGUUUCUAAUUGUGGGCUCUAUCAUAUAUUAUCUCUAUCACCAUCUAUAAACACUAAGUGCUGUAUUUAAUGGACAGGCUUAGCAUGGUGACAGUGGAUGUCACUAAUGCCGUCUGUAGAUUCCUCUAGGCACAAUUGUAUUGGGAUUAGAUUGUCUAACAAUCAUUUUAACAGUCAGCAACAAUCAUGAAAUGAUGAUUCACUAAUCAUGUAGAGUCUAAUGAACACUAUCUUAACAUUUGGUGCCACAAUAGAAUAGCGGUUAACGCAAAACUAUUACAUCUGGGGUAUCAGAGUUCGGAGUUCAAUUCUGGCCUCAUCUGUCAUCUGGGUGAGUUUCCUUCCACGUGUUCCUGUUCCCUCCCAAAGUCCAAAGACACACCAGUUAGCAGGUUAAUUGGUCAUUGUGAUUAGGCUAGGGUUAAUUGGGGGUUGCUGAGUGGCAUGGCUCAAAGGGUCAGGAAGAGGCUAUUCUGUGCUGUGUCUCAAGUAACUGGAGAUAAUUUAUCAACAAAGUUUCUUCUGAGUAGAAACAAGUUGACAUCCAGGUGCAUAACUGUCUGCCAAGCCCCUUUUGAACAGGUGAGUGGCCAGUGUUUGCUCUAGUAUGAGAGUUAAAUCUGUGUCCAGUGUCCAUUGGUCCUUAUUCAGUCCUGCAGAUGGUGUCACAGUGCCACUUUUUUGCUACCUAGUAUCAAUAAUGGAUCAGGAAAUCCAAGUUGCCUUUCCAUGACCCAGACUCAGAUUUUUGGCUCCAAUCUAAGACUGGGAAAUGAAGGGGUGGGUUGGAUUUCUCAGUCCUCGUUCUAAUUGUAUUUCAUCUUGUCACUGAGUCAAUCUGGUGCUGUUUUCAGGGUAGUUUCUCAAUGACAUGUGCUGUGCUCCAUAGCCAUUUGUAAACUGUUUGAGAGGAAUUCUCAAAAAUUUCAUUCUUGCAAUAAAACUUUCCAACUGUAACUAAUCCAGAACUCUCUGGAUUCUGGUUUUAUAUGAAAAUUUUCUUAAAUGGAGUAGUGUGUGUGAGGUCCUGGAAUAAUUUUUGAAUAUUUGAAAUGUAUUUGGUAUGCGUCAAACAUUAGAAACUCCAGUCAAUACAUAAGAAAAAAGCUAGGGAAAUGUUUUAUUUCAUUCACUUCUAGUACAUGAUCACUGAUGACAUAGCAACAUUUAUUAUCCAACCUUGUUUGUUCUUAAGAAGUGGCAGUAACCAAUGUUCCUUCUUAGAUGUGAGUAUGCACACACCUUUCGCUACUGGCAUACAAAGAAACUUAAGUUGUGCACAAAAGGUUGUCCCAUCUACCUCGCAGGCAUGUUAAGUAUAUUACACAAUUGUGAACAAACACAUUACCUUUUAUGGUUUCUGAUGUGAGUGGUGUUGACAACAUGGAGUUUGCAAUGAUUUGUCUGCAGACUUUAGAACUGGCUUAUCUAUACUGUUUUUAAUUGAAGGAAUUAUUCAUUAUGCACAUGUCACUGGGCAAAAAUUGCACAGCACAAUAUUUUUGUACACAUUGGUAUGUUCACAUUAGAGGAAACAUUGGUGGUAACCCACAAACUGAAUCAUUGAAGUCCAUCCAGCAAAGAAACUCCUAGAAGGCAGCUCUCGGAUUUCGAUCCAGUGAUCUAAAUCUACAUAUCUGGAAUAUAUUUCCAAUCCUAGGUAGGAUGUAAUAUGAAGGAAAUGUGGUAUUUGUAUAUAUCUGAUUCUUUGCAGAAGCUGUAAGUUCAGGAUGUGUUAUCAAAGAUUCUUUGGUAUGUUGCUGACAGUCUUGUAGAAGAUACACAUGGCAACCACAGUGCACCAGUGGUAAAGGGAAUGAAUAGUCAAGACAAUAAUUCUGAUGGUGUUCAAGUUUAUACCAGGUGCUGUUGGAGAUUCAAGAUCUACUUUUCAGUUAUAAACUUCACAUUUUAAUGCAGUUUCUGAUCUUCACCAUGAACAGAGUCAAUUUCAGACAUGCACCAUGCUGAUGCCCUACUUUCUUCAUCUGACAAUGCUUGUGAGGAAAACUAUCAUUGGUGCUCCAAACACUGAAUGGAUGCCUUACCACAUAAGGAGGUGAAUGAAUGUUGCAGCAGCUUGCACCCUCCAGUGGGGACUGAAGGAAGGCACUUUAUCAUUUCUCUGGUGUAGUCAAAAAUUUUUCUACUGAACCAACUGUUGGUUUAGUGUUCAAGUAGACUAAGUUAAAGAGAAUUCUGUUAAGAGGCAAUUGCUCUAUUACAAACUUAGUCUCCCCAGAAAUCAUUGAUAUCAACCUCUUUUUCAAAGGUCCUGGGGGCCUUUCUCUCAAAUUGGUCUCCACCAGCAUUAGCUCUCUUUCCCAGUUGAACUUGUUCUCACUUUGAACAACUCAUUUAACUGCAUCCACAGCAUCAAAA